ACGCAAUCUAAGAUUGGAGUCGUAAGUGGAACGAUGGAUGUUUCUUGCCUCAUUGCUGCAUUUCUGGUGGGAAGUCACACAACUCCAGAAAAUACCAAAACGGUCUCAAUUACUGGAACUCUGCUCUGUGCAGUUACUAUUGCUGUUUUUGGGCUCCUUACUUUUAUUUCUGGAUCCAGUUUGUACUUCGCUUCUUGUAUUCUUGCCCGAGCAGUUAACGGUGUUGGCGUCGCAAUGACAUUUGCAAUGCUUACUCCAAUACCUCUGAAGUGCUUUCCAGAAAAAGCAGGUCUGAUGGCAGGCAUAAUCCAGACUUCCUUCUGUCUGGGAGUAUUUUCCGGACCCAUUAUUGGAAGCAUCUUGAUUCCAUACGGAGGGUACACAGCACCUUUUAUAUUUUCAGGAGCUACGGAGGCUCUUUUCUCUUUUCUUGCCAUAUUCAUCUUCCCAUCGUUGACAAAUUCAACUGUGAACAACAAACACAAUCGCAAAAGCAGUUCUGGAGGCUAUCUGAAGUUUCUUGCCAAGUUCUCAACUAUGAGUGUCGUCAUACCCUCAUCUGUCGUAUUUUUCAUGUCCGGGUUCAGAAAUGCGGCGUUUUCUCUCCAUUUUCAGGAGGCCAUAGGGAUUGACAUUGGGAGUAUGGGAUUCGUUUUCGUCUCCAAUGCAAUUACUGCUGGAAUCACAGGUGCUGUCGUGGCUACCCUGGUAGAGCGAGGAUUCGGAACAUUCGUCAUGAUCUCUUCCCAAGUUCUAAUAGUUGCUACUGCUUUCGCCAUGUUUUUACCACACUUCGUUCCUCAAAUGGAAAGCACAAUUUGGGCAGUGAUUAUAUUAGCUAUAAACGGAAUAUCAGUUGACGGAAUGAUGAACCCAUUCUAUCUAAUAAUUCAAAAGCUAGCUGUGAAAGAUGCAUCAGCAGACAGUAUUGAACAAGUGCGAACUUUUGCGUCUGUGAGUUUCAGCAUUAUGAUGUCGUCAGGUCGAAUAUUCGGAGCUAUUGUUCUCGGAGGAUUUGUGAACGAGCAGGUGGGAUUUUACUGGACCAGUUUGAUUUACGGCGCAAUUGCAUUGUGCACAGCAUCGUGGCAUAUUCUCUUCCUAGCUAGAGCCAGUUUGUUAGGCAGAGUUUAUUACCCAACAAGCCUCGAAAGAGCAGAAUGAAAUUCAAACCGAAUGAUGGUCUAUAUUUGUAUAUACCUUAAUUUGUACAAAUAAAGCUGAUUGAUACAGAGGAUGGCACGAAUGUUCCGAA